UAUGUGCGGGCGAGAAGAUGGCGGCGGCGGGGGAAGCAGCGUGAGGAGUCGGACGAGCGCCGAGGCUCAUUGAAACGGGCCGCCAUGGCCCUCCGCAACCCGCAGUAUAUUUUUGGAGAUUUUAGCCCUGAUGAAUUCAAUCAGUUCUUUGUGACUCCUCGCUCUUCAGUUGAGCUUCCUCCGUACGGUGGAGCAGUUCUGUGUGGCGCACAGGCCGCUGGUGAGCUGCCCGAUGGGCAGGACUGUCAGAGAAUUGAAUUUGGUGUUAAUGAAGUAAUUGAACCCAAUGGCGCUUUGCUGAGAACUCCCACCUACAGUAUUUCAAGCACAUUGAAUCCUCAGGCCCCGGAAUUUAUCCUUAGUUGCACGACUUCCAGAAAGAUCCCCAGUGACAUCGAUAAAGAAGUGAACUACAGCUCAGCUGACUGCCAGUACCCAGGCUCUGCCCUCGCCCUGGAUGGCAGCUCUAACGUGGAGGCGGAAGUUUUAGAGAAUGAUGGCGUCUCGGGUGGUCUUGGACAAAGGGAGCGUAAAAAGAAGAAAAAACGCCCCCCUGGAUAUUACAGUUACUUGAAAGACGGCGGCGAGGGUGGUCCUUCCACAGAAGCCCUGGUCAAUGGCCAUGCCGGUCCAGCAGUCCCCAACAGUGUAGGCACGGAGGAUGUGGACUCGAUGGGUGAUGUGCCCCCCGUGGGGACACCCAGGACUUGGGGCAGCCCCCAGGACACCACGGACUUCGUCAGCGACGCCGUGCCUGCUGGUUCUUUCCCCGGAGCCCUUGACAGCGGGGCCAGGACUGCAGGGCAGCCUGAGGGCUGCCCCGGGGCCAACUUGGAGCCCUCUCACCUCCCUGCAGAGGCCAGCAGGGACACCCUGUUGAGGACAGCUGUGGCUCAGCCUGCCGUUGGGACCGAUACUACUGAGAACCUUGGAGUCACUAACGGACAAGUACUAGAAUCCUUGGGUGAGGGCACAGCUGCCAACGGGGUGGAGUUGCACACUGUGGAGAGCUCGGACUCGGACCCCGCCAAGGCCGAGAGCGGCCCCCCUCGCGCGGACACCCCGGCCUCUGCGGCAGCCACCGCUCCUGCUGGUCAGAGUCAGCCCGCCAAGUCGUGGGCCAGUCUUUUUCAUGAUUCUAAGCCCUCUGCCUCCUGCUGCUGCUGCUAUAUCGCCCUUAGUGUGUACAGUUCACCAAUCAAGAUGAAGGUGCCACCACUGAUAUUAAUAGCCUUGGUGGAGCCGUGGUACACCUCCCACAGAAUACCUGCAGCUCAUGAACCAGAGAGUUAUGACAUUGAUCCUACAAUAUCUGAAGCUUAUGGUCACAGAGAGAAGGCAGAUUCCGUGGAGCCCCCGGGAGAGGGACAAAAGGUAGGCUUGGUGGUCUAUCAGAAAGUUUUGGAGAGUGUUUCGGCCCUGAGGUUAGUGGAAGACAGAAAUGUUCCUCUUAGAUCUCUUGAAUCGUCCGCCAUUUCCAUCCUAGCCGGUGGGCUUCGAGGCUUCUCAGUCCCUGAACCCCCAUCCCAGGCCACUGCCUCGGAAGCCCUGGAGGUGGGGCUGCGCCUGCCGGACACCCGCCCCCUUCGCACGGUGGACGCUCAAGGGAACUCCACGGGGGUGAUCUUAGUAACAACUGUAGUAACAGCCUUGACUUCUGCUAAGUCUACACCUUGCCCUGGCCUUGCACAGGUGACCUAA